AUGUGGCCGCCGGAGGACUUGGAGGAUGUUUCCCUUGAAUCUCCGAGCGAGGAUACUGACGAGGACUGGGAGAAAGUCGACCCCCAUCACGAUGCGCCCAACACCCCAUCCUCCACGGCGGAGGAAGCCCCGCGACACGAGUCCACAGAUGCCGAGAGUGAGGAGGAGGAAAAUGCCCGCUCCCAGGGUGAGCUCGUGCCCCGGCGCAAACCCGGUGGUUACGACAGCCGCGUAGAGCAGAUGCUCUACGAAAAUCCCGAGCUGCCUAUCUUGAUUACUGACGCCGGGAAAAGCUCGGAGAGCGGGCGGUAUAUCGUCUACACCAUCAAGACAGGAGAGCUUAUGGUGCGCCGGCGCUACUCAGAGUUUGCCUCCCUCAGGGAUGCGCUAACAAGGCUGCACCCAACCCUCAUCAUACCGCCCAUUCCAGAGAAGCAUACCAUGGCCGAUUACGCCGCGAACCCAACGAACGCAAAGCAGGAUCAACAGAUAAUCGACCUGCGGAAGCGCAUGCUCGCGGUGUUCCUGAACCGAUGCCGUCGGAUGGAGCAGGUGCGAACAGAUGGUGUUUGGUGGAGGUUUCUUGACCCGAAUUCGAGCUGGAGUGAGGUGUUGCACUCCCAUCCCCUGGCGUCGAUCCCCAAAUCAAUCAUGAAGGCGCCUCCUCUAGACCCCGCCAACCCUACUCCUGGCCACGAGUUUCUCCCCGUUCCAGGCAAUUCGGCAAGGCUGAAGUCCGUCCCUGCUCCAUCUGUAGCAGACAGCACAACCGGUACGCAGGUCUUCGCUCGUUUCCCACCGGAAAGCAGCUCCCUGAGCGAGCAUGAGCUCGACCCUUACUUCACCGCGUUCGAGGCGUCUAUCAGGGAACUGGAGGCGCUCCUCAUGGGCUCCAUGGAGAAGGUCAACCGGCGGACACUUAGCCAUUUGUCGUCUUUGGCCUCCGACCUGUCUGAAUUGGGUGCCAGAUACAACGCUUUCGCUCUCUCGGAACCGGCCCCAUCACUCGCGCCCGCGAUCGAGAGGAUAGGGCAAGCAGCCGAUUCAUCAUAUAUCGCCACCGAAGAGUUAUCGACCUCGCUGGGGGCGAGUUUUGCCGAGCCGAUGCGCGAGAAUGCUCAGUUCGCAGGCGUCAUUCGCAGCGUGUUACGGUAUCGACUAUUGAAGCGGGUGCAACAAGAGAUGACGAACGACGAGCUCAACAAAAAGAAGAUGCUGCUGGACCAACUGGAGCAAAGCGAGGCUGAAGCCAGAAGGAUUGAGGAGUACCUAAGUGGUAGCCAGCAAGUACAACCACCAAGGCGCUCGACCAGUACGAGGGAACCGCCGGCCCAUCGCCGCGAUGUCGGUAACGAGGACACCGCGUCGAUUGACUCGGAUUUUCCCCCGACACACGGUGAUUUAUCCUCGGCGCCGUCCGCUAACGUCGGAGCACCGGAGAGGCCUGCUGCUGCUCCAAGCCAUAGAAAGGCACCAAGCGCGGCAUCGAUUACCGGUAGGAUCUUUGGUCCUAUUCGGCAUGCUGUCCAGGGGGUGGUGGACGCCGAUCCGGAGAAGACGCGACGUGACACGAUUACUAGGACGAGAGAGUCGAUUGCUCAGCUUGAGCAGGCAAGGGUUGCGUCGGCUCAGGAUGUCAAGGAUGCGAGCGCAAGCAUUCUCAAGGACCUGAAGAGGUUUCAAGGAGAGAAGGAGGAUGAUUUGAAGCGGUAUAUGCUUGCCUACGCGAAGAGUCAGAUUGAAUGGGCGAAAAAGAACAAGGAGACAUGGGAGGAAGCAAAGGCAGAGGUUGAGAAGAUCGACGAGUCGUAG